AUGAAUAUGACGGAAAGUGACGAAAUCAAGGCUGAAGCUUGUUACAUUCUUGCGCGGUUUUUCCAUUUUAAUAGAGACUAUGAAAAGGCAUUUAAGUACUAUUACCAAGCAACUACGUUGAAUCAUCCUACUUUCGUUUUGCCGCAGUAUGGUCUUGGACAACUCUAUAUCAUGCGAGGAGAGUACAAUCAGGCAAUUGCUGCGUUUGAAACUGUUUUGAAGUCGAUGCCCAACAACGUUGACACUAUGAAAGUACUUGCUGCUCUGUACGCUCACACGGACCCAGGGAAUCAUGAACGACAGGACAAGGCAAGAGAUAUGCUGACAAAAGUUUUAGAGGCAACUCCAAACGAUGUAGAAGUUCUGAUAGAUCUUGCUCAGCUUUUGGAAGGAGUUGAUCCGCAUAAAUCCCUCAGUCUGUACGAAAAUGCUUGUGAUUUGAUAAAAACAAGUGAAGAUGGUUUACAAAUUGAUCCUCCAGCGGCGAUCCUGAACAAUAUUGGAGCCUUGCACAUGACUUUGGAGAAUUAUGAGCGAGCAAAAGAAUAUUUUGAAGCAGCGGAAGCCAAACUUCAAGAAGAUUUGGAAGGAGAUUUGUGCGAUUCGAAACUUUCUUCUUACGUCAUCACCAUGAGAUACAAUCUCGCUAGAUGUUUGGAACAUCUGUGCUUGUUUGAAGAUGCUGAAGUUUUGUACAAGGGCAUUUUGAGAGAGCAAGAAAACUACACGGAUUGUUAUCUUCGUCUUGGAUGUCUUGCACGCGAUCGAGGACAGAUUUAUGAAUCAUCAGUAUGGUUCAAAGAAGCGAUGUCUGUCGAUCAAAACAAUGCAGAUUCGUGGGUGCUUAUCGGAAAUCUGCACAUGUCC